GCGAGGCGCUUCCGGUCGGCGGCGGUGGGAGCGGGGCCGGGGGAGGGGGGGAGAGAGAGGGAGCGGGGCCGGACCGGACCGGACCGGACCAAACUGGGCCGGGCCGGGAGGGAAGGAGAGAGAGGCUGGGUAAGGGGGGAUCCGGGCCGCACGGUGCCGGGAUGGCGGUGGACGUGCGGCGCUUGGAGGGGCUGAGCCUGCAGGAGCUCAGCGCGCUGCUGGACGACGAGGAGCAGCUCCAGGACAUGGCCCGCGGGAUGGAAGAGGCCCAAAACGUUCAGCACAGCAAGGACAUGACUCUUGCCAGCAACCGUAGUCUGGCAGAAGGCAAUCUUUUGUACCAGCCAAAGCUGGAGACUUUGAAAUCAAACCUGACUGAAAAAUAUCAGGAGCUGCAAGUCCUUUUUGAAGCAUACCAGAUAAAGAAAACAAAACUAGACAGACAAUCCAGUAACGCUUCCCUGGAGACGCUGCUCGCGCUGCUUCAGACAGAAGGGGCCAAGAUUGAGGAGGACACAGAGAAUAUGGCAGAAAAAUUUCUUGAUGGUGAAAUCCCACUGGAUUCCUUCAUCGACGAGUACCAGAGCAAGCGCAAACUGGCUCACCUGCGGCGGGUGAAAAUUGAGAAGCUCCAAGAAAUGGUGCUGAAGGGACAGAGACUUCCCCAGGGCCAGCCACAGGCUCAGCCCCGACCACCCGACCCAACACCAGCACCUCAAGAUUCCUACACUUUGGAUGCAACCCCUCCUCCUGCCGUUGUGCCCCGACGGAUACCUCCCCCUCCACCUUCCUCGGUCCCUGCAGGACGUUUCCCUACUCCCUUCACUGCAGCCAUGAGUUCAGGACCUCCUCUUGCUUUUCCAGGUGCUCCCUACCCUCCUCUUCCUCCUCGACCAGGAGCUCAGUCUGCAACUCAAACACCACAGCCAGGAUACCCAUCUCAGUUUGUACCACAGUACCCUCCACCUCUUCCCCAAAGACCACCUCGCCUUCCACCACACCCUGGCUUUAUCCUCCAGUGAAUAUUUUGGUGUCCUGACUUACCUAUUGGUGCUUCUGUUUCCUUUCUCUCCCCAUCAGAGACUUGAUGUAGGCAAUGGAAAGCCUCUGGUUUUUGCACAACGGAGUACAAAAAUCCAAGCUGUGGCACAGAGGUUUGCAGUUACAUUUGGUAAAUGUGAUUAUCUUUGUUCUCAAAUAUCAGUGACCACGAGGUCUGUCUAGGAAGGGGGUAGGGUCUUAAUUCUGUAAAUCCAUCAAAUUGUGAAAUUGUAGAGUGGAUUUCCUGACGUUACAAACCUGAAUUCUUUAGUGAUGGUGAAUCAGCAUCCUUUUCUGCUCUCAUGCUGGAUGGAUGUGUGGCAAACUGGGAGCUGUUUGUCUCUCUAAAGAAUUCUUUGACAGUGCCAGUGUUUGGUUAGUAACAACCAUCUGUGAGUCCUGGGCAGAGCAUCCUUUGCAGCCUGCCCAGACAGCAGCAUUUUGUGGCCAGGUGCACAACGUUUCUAGAGCUCACUGAGCUGAAACUUGUCAGAAAAUGUUCUGUGGUUUUUUCAACAGUGAAAGUUACAAGAGUUUCACUUCUACAUUUCAGUCAUUACAUUAAAAUUUUCACAGUAGAAGCACACACUCCUCCCACUUCUAAAGAGCUUGAGACCCUGAAGGUCCUGGUCUCUUGAAAUUAAACUAAACUGUAGAACCAGUUUAGAGUUUUGUAGAAACUUUACCAGGCAUUUUUAUUUCCUUGUCUAUUAAUACUCUUUCUUACAGGUUUUUUAUUUAAAUGUUCCACACCUUGGAUACAGCAGUGAUUUUUAUUUUUUUUUUACACAGGUGCUUAGCUUUUGAUAUCAUGUGAUUCCAGGAAUCUAAGCAGGGUAUUUUCUUAUUCAAAUACUGGGUUUUCAUGUGAUUACCCACUUGAAGCUCCACAGUUUCAUUUUAUCCUCCCAACUCAGUCUCUCACUUGGAAGAGUUAUUUUUAACUUUCCCAUUUCCUUUAGUUUUGCAGUUUUUGGCAUCCAUCUCUGUCUGGAAUUUGCAGGUAACAUUCUGCUGCAAGCAGGCAAAACAGGAAAGCUUUUUGAACUCCAUGCUGGCUGUUUGCAUAUUACAUAAUUCUUUCUUGACUUUCUUGUGCCUCUGAAGGGGGGAGGCAAUUUAGGAGAGCUCAGAUUUCGUUCUCAAUGUGACUUUUGAAGCCUGAAGUGCAGACACAUGCUGGUAUUUUAAUCUGGCAGUGGGGGAGACAAAUCUUAACACUUGUUGCUUGCAGAGAAUUUGUCCAGAAAUUCAUUGCCAAUUUCUCACAUCCACAAACAACUUCCAAUUAGUUCACAAUACUUUAGGAUAUUCACAUUCUGUCCUAGCCCCUUGAUUAUUUCAAAACACUUUCACAUCACUGUCCUGGAGUACACUACAUUGUUUGGAAGACUGUAUUCAGUCAAAAGAGAAUUUUUAUUUUUUUUUUUUUAACAUAAGGCCCUUGACUAUUCCUUAAUCAUUUCCUCUGGAGUGUGGCAGUUGCUGGCAAAUACUAAUCUGAAAUUAAGCUCAUAACAGGAAGUUCUCCAUUCUGAAAAUAUGGUUGUUUGGCUUGCUUUGCCUUCUGAAAACAAAGGGCAGAAGGUUGGUCAGUGUCAGUGGCAUCUGAACCAAUUCCCCAGUGCAAGUCUAGAGGGUUUUGUGAAGCAAUGUGCAUUGGAUUUGUUUGCAAAGUGUGCUUUUUCUGUAAUCUAGUGAUGGUACAGGAUGUGGUUUGGGUUUUUUUAUUUUUUAAAUAAUGUAAUAUCUUGGUAUUCUUUUCUCACUGAAGCUUUGUAUAAGCAUGGUUAAUUAUGACUCGUUUCAAAGUAAUUUUGCUGUGCUAUUAGUGCUGAUAUUUGGAUGGCAGCUCUUGUAUCUGAAUGCUAAACAUGUCUGCUGUAGAAAUUAUUUCUGUCCUAGAAAGAAUUAAGGUAGGUUGAGGGCUACCAGGAUGGUAACUGAGUACAGAAAUUCAUCCUUUGAGCCUGCUACACAAAAAUCUCUAAAACACUCUCAAAUUAGUUUUGCUAACAUUGAAUAAAAACAGCCAGGUGUAUUUUACACUUAUCAAGUGCCAACUUUUUUUUUUCUGAGGGUUGAGAAUCCUCUGAGGUGUUGGAGGUGAUGGAUAAGUGUAUUGUGAAUUUGCACUGCCUUUUAUGUAUCUAACUUUAUUGGUAUUAGGAGCCUAAAAAUAUUUUUACUACUUGUUAAAUUUUCUGUCUUUUGGUACCUUUUGUGAUAACGUGACCUUUCAGGGAUACUUUAUCUAAAAACAAGACUCUUGUGCAAACUAAAUACAGACAAAGCUAAUGCAAUUUUUCUGGAAGAAAGCAAACCAAUGCAUCACUGCAUAUGCCUGUGGCUGAUGUGCCUUAGGAUCACUACUUGUGAUUGUAAUACUAGGAUAUUAGCAAUUUUAUCAUUUGAAUGGCCAUUGCUUAACUCUAAGGGCUCUUCAAGAGCACUUUCUUUUAAAACAAACCUCACCCUCCUACAGAAAAAAAGAAAGGCUGUGUCUGCUGUUUGCAAGCUUAUAGUUGCCUUCACUGAUGGGUAAGUUUGAACACAGAGAUAAUGUAAUUAAUGUGAUGUUUCAGUUAUAGCAACCUGGUAACUGAAAUCCAGCUGCUCAUGGGAAACGUUUUGCCAUUAAUUGUGUGUGUUUGUGCACACAAACUGUAAAUAUAUACUUGAUGCUGGUCAUGUUUAAGGGUAAAGGAGAAAAUGACUGUGGAGAGCUGUUUAAACCCUUGCAGAAAUAAACACAACAAAACACUAACUUGAACGAGUUGGGCAAGAGAUGUGUUGGUGCUUUGGACCUCUUGCCCUUCAACAGCUUCUCCUGUUCUUUUGUAGCUAAUAAAUAAAUUCUGCUAUGCCUAGGCUGUUUAGGAUCAUACUAAUUUGCACUGUUUAUAAGAUAGUGAGAUUAAAAUGCCAUAGGCAAGCUGAGACUUGAGAGGGGGUGACUCAGUAUGCUUGCCAAAAUAUAUAUAUAUAUUAUUAUUAUGUUGUCUUGAGGAUUUUUAAUGUUUGCUGCAAAUAGCAUAUACUUCCCCUGAGCAAUUGGAGUGGAGAAAAAUCUCUUAAAAACGAUGUGUAACAUGGCUUUAGAGUGUUGGUAGCAUUGAAAAUGCUCUCUGUAGAUGGUGUGACUUCUGCCAGUCUUUUUGUGUGUGCAGUUUUGGGAGUGCUGACUAAUCCAGGUGUCUGCUGUUAGCUUGGUUGGUGAAGGAUCAGCACUGAAGGCUUCCAGCUCCAGGAUGAAUUUCCCUGCACUUCAGUGCUGUCUCCUAGAGGAAGCAGAGUGGGUUGUCCCAGCACAGCUGCUCACAGAGGUCACCUUGUGACCAGGGGACUCUACAGAAGAUAAAUUUUUGUGUGACACUGGGAGGCAGAGCCUUGGGCACAGUCCUGCCCUGGGUAAUGGUUAUUAUUUAGUGCCCCAACUUCCACAACCUCAGUCUUGACCUCUUUUGGGACUUCUCUGCCCUCUCAAACUGGAAUAAUGACUUAGAUACAGUGCUCACAUCAACAGUUCCUGUAGCCUGAGUGUAAAGCUACUUGGCAAACAGGGAGUUCAGAGGAGGUGGAGUUGUCCUGCACCUGAAGUUCCUCUGUGUAAUCUUGGACAGUAAUAAAAGGGCAAUUUUAUAUGCCUGGUGAGUUGUGGAACGUACAGUGGAUUUGUUUGCAUAAUAAAGUCUUUCUGUAAUCUACUGUGGUCUGAUUUUAAAUAAAAUAGCAUAUCUCUCUUGGUGUCA